AUGGGUGGCAAGAGCAUGAUGAUGGUUAUACUAAUAUUGUUGUUAGGGUUUGUAGGGGUAAGGGUGGUGAAAGCAGCCAGGUUACAUGAUUAUGGAGAUGCAUUGACGAAAAGCAUUUUGUUUUUUGAAGGGCAGAGAUCAGGGAAGUUGCCUUCUACACAAAGGAUGAACUGGAGGGGGGAUUCUGCCCUUCGAGAUGGAUCUGAUAUUGGUAUGGACUUAGUAGGUGGAUACUAUGAUGCUGGUGACAAUGUAAAGUUCCAUUUUCCAAUGGCAUUCACAACAACAACGUUGGCGUGGAGUAUAUUAGAAUUUGGCUAUUCCAUGGGCUCAGACCUGAAUCAUGCAUUAGAGGCUCUACGAUGGAGUACAGACUAUUUCCUCAAGGCUACGAGCAAACCUGGGAUGGUUGUUGCCCAAGUUGGUGACCCCAUUAGCGACCACACAUGUUGGGAGAGACCUGAAGACAUGGACACUCUCAGAACUACUUACGUUGUUAAUCAAACCCAUCCUGGCUCAGAAGUUUCAGCAGAGAUUGCAGCUGCUCUAGCUGCCUCUUCUAUGGUGUUCAAGGAUCACGAUAGUCAGUAUUCCAGGUGGCUCCUCGAUAGGGCAUCAAAGGUCUUCGACUUUGCAAACAAUUAUCAAGGAUCUUACAAUCAAAGUAUUGGUCGAGGGGCAUGCCCAUUUUAUUGCGAUAUCAAUGGCUACAAGGAUGAACUAAUAUGGGGAGCAGCAUGGUUAUCCAAGGCAACUAAGGAUCCCAAGUAUUGGGAUUAUGUUGUAAAGAAUAUGGCAACUCUAGGAGGAAGUUUUUCUGAGUUCGGAUGGGAUUCAAAACAUUCUGGGAUUAACAUACUUGUUUCCCCAGCGGUGAUGAACUCCUCCGGCAGUCCCUUCAUUACCAAUGCUGACAAUUUCGUGUGUUCCUUAUUGCCUGAUUCACCUACCAAAUCAGUGACAUACUCUCCUGGUGGGCUUAUGUUCAAACCUGGAGGAAGUAACUUGCAACAUGCAACAGCUUUGUCCUUUCUUCUUAUUGUUUACUCUCGGUAUUUACACCUUGCCAAACGAUCAGUUCAUUGCGGUUCUGUGGUUGCCACCCCGUCGAGACUCAUCAACGUUGCCAGAUCUCAGGUGGAUUAUAUACUUGGAAGCAAUCCAUUAGGCAUGUCAUACAUGGUUGGAUAUGGCAAAAAAUUCCCUCAAAGAAUUCAUCACCGUGGAUCGAGCAUGCCUUCCAAGAUUCGUUACCCUGCACGGAUUGGAUGUCAUGAUGGAAACAACUAUAUGGUGACCAGUUCACCUAAUCAAAACGCGCUUGUAGGGGCUAUUGUUGGAGGACCUGAUGAACAUGAUCAAUUUCUUGAUAGCCGUCUUAAUGUUUCCCAAUCAGAACCAACUACAUACAUGAAUUCACCUUUCGUUGGGGCCUUGGCUUACUUCAAAGGUGGAAGAUAG